UAUGCGAAGUACUCUUUUUUUUUGCAUGGUUAUUAUGCCAAGUACCCUUGAACUCGGAAACGCGUUCAAAGGCUCGUCUCCAAGACGGAGUCGAACUGCCUACUAGUUAUAUAUAGUGAUGCGUAUGUAGUACGUAUGAUAUGUACUAACUCUCAUACGCAUCGAUCAGCAGAACGAGACGAACAGCAAGCCGACCGAUUCCAAGCAGCGACGUUCCCUGUUUGGUCCUCGAUCUCGAUCGCCUGGCAACGGCGGGCGGCAUGGCGCUACUGAAGCGCAGCUUCAACGCAGCGCUGCUCGACGAGGGCGACGACGACUCGUCGUACCCGUCCAAGAUGCCGGGCAGCCUCGCGCGCACCACCGCGCCGGUGGCCAAGAUGAUGCGGCUGUGGAACUACAAGCAAGGCUCGGGCCUCGGCGCGCACGGCCAAGGCAUCGUCGUCCCUGUGAAGGCCAUCAAUCAUGGCUCAACGGCCGGCCUCGGCCACUGCGAGAAGCCGUACAAGAACGGCCUGCCGGGCGCGCCGGCGCCGUCAUGGCCAGCCCAAGACGAGUGGCACGAGUCGGCGGCCGUCUCACGAGCCCUGCGCCUCGAACCGGACUGCUGCGAGAAGGCCCUCGCGCUGCUCCGUGACGUGCAGCUUCAAGGCGACGACAGCGUGGAGACAGCGGAGGCGCUGGCGGCGAUCGUCGAGUCCGAGAAGGCGCUCCAGGGGAAGCGCACGCCGGGCGCGUGGAGGGCCGCGCUGCCUCCUCCGGCCGUGCGGCACAUCGUGGAGCAGGUGCUCACGCCCAGGAUGGCCAUGAAAGCGCGAGAAUGGGAGCCAUUGUGGAACCCGGGCUGCGACGAUUGGCUGCGCCCGUGGAUCCCCUUGGUCGGACGACUACCGGAGAGCCUCUACGGCACCGUGGAGGGCAAGAUCAGCGGCGGCAGCCUCGACAUCAUCUCCCCAUGGAAAGGCUACUUGGACCCGGCGCAUUGGGAGGCCUUCUCCCGGCGUCACAUACUGCCCAGGCUCACAGGAUGGCUGCAACAGCUGAGGAUCACGCCGCCGAAGCAGAUCGACGUCAGGUUCCGCGAGGUGAUGUCGUGGACGCCUGUCGUGCGCACCGAAGACAUGGUGUCAAUCCUAGAACAAGAGUUUUUCGGCAAAUGGGAGAGCGCGCUGCGACACUGGCUGCUGUCCGCGAGGCCAUCUUCGGGGGAGGCCGCAGCGUGGUGCGCCGGCUGGAAGAACCUCUUCGCCCCGGAGCUGCUCGACGACGAACGCGUGCUCGCAUGGCUGGAGUCUGGCGUUGCCAUGGUGGAUCGAGAAGCGGAAGACCUCAGCCGUCUUGUUUGUCAUACGUAGUGAUAGUUGAUGCUGCUUGAGAGGUUGUACUAGUAGUCACUUAUGAUUAGCAAUGUAAUGGUUCUAUUCGCUUAUGAUUAAUAACAGUAU